CUAUACCUGUAAUAAAAGGGAAGUGAAAGACCAGUGCAUUUAGGGAUGUUUCAUUUAUUUCAAAAUAGGACACAUCCCUCACAACUGCAGAAAUAAAUUAGUGAGGGGUUAGUUUGAUAUUUCUCAAUUUAGACCUGUUACAAUGACAUUUACACCAGUUGAUGAAUUCACCAAAGACCUGGGUUAAAAAACAUCCCAUAGACAUUAUUUAAUAAUCACAGCAGUCAGAACCUUCCUCAGUCUGAGGGCCCUGCUUAAGAUGAGGGUCCAUUUGGGGCCACGGCUGAGCCUUGUGGGUUCAGUCCCUGAGUUAAUCCCUCCAUGAUCAUUAAUCCAUUAAAAUUGGAUUAUAAAUAAAUGUCGGUCAGAGCUGUUUGAAGCAGGGUAUUUGCAUAAUCACACUCCUCAACUAGGAUCAUUUUCAACCAUGUUAAGUCAGAUAAAGUACAAGCACCCCAAAAAGUGCAGUACUCGAGUACAUUUACUCAAAUCUCAAAACGUGAUUACUUUCCGGUUUUUGACAGCCACGCUACUAUUAUAGCUUUUAACGUCAUAGAGUAAUAUGUACUCCAACAAAGUACGAGUAAUAUGAAGAUUAGCCUAGCCUAGCCUAGCCUAGCCUGGUGUGGCCUGACGUUAGCGUUCGCUCGGCGGGGAGGAGCCGUCUCCCCACAGAGCGCAGGCGACCACGGGAAGUCCAGCUGGCGCUCAGUGCGGAUGAAGGCGCUCCGGAGUCGACUGAUGGCCCAGAGGCGACGGGGAAAGUAACGUCCUCGGUCACGCACCCGUAUUCAAGCCUCCGGCGAACGCGCAGACACGCUUGUAAAACUUCCGCACACGGCGCGGCGGCAGCGACGACGCGGGGCCGAAAUUAAGGACUCACUAUGUCUGAUGGGGAGUAUGAUUACCUCAUCAAGUUCCUCGCUCUUGGGGACUCUGGCGUGGGAAAAACGAGCUUCCUCUACCAAUACACAGAUGGAAAGUUUAACUCCAAGUUCAUCACUACAGUUGGAAUAGACUUCAGAGAAAAACGACUGGUUUAUAAAUCAACGGGUCCAGAUGGAUCUUCAGGUAAAGGACAGAAGAUCCACAUGCAGCUGUGGGACACAGCAGGACAGGAGAGGUUCCGAAGCUUGACCACAGCGUUCUUUAGAGAUGCGAUGGGCUUCCUCCUCCUGUUCGACCUCUCAAAUGAACAAAGCUUCCUCAACGUCAGAAACUGGAUGAGUCAGUUACAGAUGCAUGCGUACUGUGAAAAACCAGACAUUGUUCUGUGUGGCAACAAAUGUGACCUGACGGAUCAGAGAGUCGUAAGCGAAGAACAGGCACGGGAGCUGGCACAGAAAUACGAAAUCUCAUACUUUGAGACAAGUGCUGCAAACGGGCAGAACGUCAGCCAGGCUGUGGAUGUCCUGCUGGAUCUCAUCAUGAAGAGAAUGGAGCAAUGCGUCGACAAGUCCUGGAUCCCUGAUGGGACCGUCCGAGCCAACGGACCCACCAACCCGGACAUCUCAGAAAGCUCAGACAGGAACAAAUGUGCCUGUUAGAAUGAAGAUCACAGCUAGUUAUUUUAGUUAAAUAGCAGCACAUUAUAGUUCUAUAUUUCAAUGGAGUAUAUAUAUUUAAUAUUUUCUGUGUAAAGCACAACAUUAACUCUUUUAUUGACUGCUGUAUUAUUGGUCAGCACAAAGCCAAGUGCCUUUUGAAUAUGGACAUUUCCCUUAGAGAUAAAAUCUUGCUUCCGAAGUAGUUAAUUAAUGCUGAUGAUUGUGGCUAUUUAUAUAAUUAAUUUGUUUCCAACUUUGAUUUUCAGUUAUAAAAGCUGAUCAUAUUUUCAGAUAUUCACUUUAUGCUUUUGUUGCAGUACCUUGCUGCUGUGCCAAGUAAGUUAGAAAGUUUAGGUAAGCGUAGAUUCACACUGCAAGUAUCACCUUUCUGUGUAGCCAGAUAAAUGUUAUGAUUGUACUCUAAGGAAACUCGAGGUAAUAAGUUUUGUACUUCUCAUCUUCUGAUCUACUCAGUGUGCACCUGAAUACUGAAAUCUGAGCAGUGCCACACGCAGAAAACACAGCUUGCAUCAGCAUCAGGACAGUAUUUACAAGAAAUGUAUAUGCAAAUGCAUAAGAUUAAUGAACAUUGUAUUACUGAUCUAGUCUACAUAACAUAGUUUAUACUAUAGCUGUUGCAAACAAUCUCACAAGAUGAUGUUGUGCUGAGUUCCUUUCCAGUGUCCAGUGUCAGAUCUGUUGUAGUCAUGCAUCACUGUGAUGAACCAAAACAAACUUAAGCAGAAACUUUAUUUCACACAGCAAAUGCAACAGUUUAAUAAGUGUGGCUGUUGAUGUCAUGAGUUAACAUUUACUUAAUCAAAUCAAAUCCUUUAUUGCUGUAUAUUUAAAAGAGCUGCUGGAUGACUGUGCUGUUGCUGAAAUGCCAACUUCUCAAUAUACAGUUUGGUACAGGUAUCACUGUAUCAAUAAUGAAUAGAUAAUAUACAGUAAAUUGUUACAUUUUAUAGAUAACAGUUAUAUUUUUCAAAUAGAGUGUUUACACUUGUUUAAACACUGGAUUACCACAAUAAGAUAAGGUUUGUUGCCAAAUGGCUUUGCAUGUAUUUCUACAUUACUUUGCUUUUUCCUGUAUAAAUACAAUAAAUGUGAUGUUUCAGUAAAAACACAA